AUGGCCAGCCUGGAAAGAAAGCUGACGGGGGACGUGGCAGGUCUGAAGAAGAACAUUGGACGAGUGGCCGAGGUGGUAAACGUUGACAUUACACCCAGUCGCACGCAUGACCAUCCGUUCACCGUGGAAAUAAUGGCGCCUCCUCUCCCCGACAAAUACAGGUCGCCGUCGAUCCCACCAUACGACGGGCGAAGAGAUCCCGACGACCAUCUGGAGAUAUACACAGGGCACAUGCUCUUGCACGGAUACGCCGAGGAGAUUAUGUGCCGAGCCUUUCAGAACCACCUAACAGACUCUGCUCGAAGAUGGUUCCGGACGCUGAAGCCAAACUCUAUCUCAAGCUGGGAUGAGUUAAAGGAAGCAUUCUCCCUCCAAUUCAUAGGGGUUAAAAAGUACGUCCCCCCGAAGCAGAAUCUAACAACGAUAUACCAAAAGCCAAAUGAGACGUUAAGAGAGUGGCUUGCCAGAUACGGCGAGGCUGUCACCGCUACAAUGGAUAUAACGGACAGAGAAGCCUUGAUGGGGGCGUUAUCCAGCAUGAAAAAAAUAACUCCCUUCAAAAGGGAACUGAACCGAAAACCCCCGUCCAGCUACAAGGAGUUCCUUGCACGAGUGCAAGGAUACAUCAAUGCUGAAGAAGCAGAUGCCAACGACCCUGAUCAUAGGUCAAAUAAGGGUAAAGGGGCCGAGCAGGGGUCGUCGCCAUCAAAACAAGAUGGGAAGAAGCGUCGAGGAGGAGGAAGCGGAGACAAGCAACCGACCCCGACGCUAGGAGCACCAGAGGCCAAGAAGCCAAGGCAGGAGGAUGCUUGCAGGCCUCAGCUGUUCCAGAAAUAUGACACCUACCAUGAACUGACGGUAGGCGUCGAGGAGAUCUUCAACCAGGUCGGCCGCGAAAACUUACUGUGCCGACCAGAACCAAUGAAGUCGGAUCCCAGCUGA